AUUGUCCUUAUCAGUGUCCACAGUUCACCCCUUGUUGAAGCAGACGACAAAAUAUAUAAUCUCUCUCAACAGCCUCAAGCCCUCUUUUUUUUUUCUUUUUUCUUUUUUUUAUGUUUUGUGCGUAAAUGGCAUCAUCCCUUCUCUCUAGAACUCUUUUGGGUCAUCGCUUAAUUCGAUUCUCCUCGUCUCUCCCUCACAACCCCUUGAUUUUCUCUAAUCUUUUCAAUAAGAGAGAGUUCUGUGUACAGGCUGAGUCUUACCAUACCACAUAUAAGGCCUCUGGUCAGCCUUCUCGUUUAAUGGCUUCUGCAGCAAUUGAGAUAAGAAGUAAUUUUUCGACACAAUCUCUUUCCACCAAUGAUCCGGUUGUUUCUGUUGAUUGGCUUCAUGCUAAUUUAAGGGAGCCUGAUUUGAAGGUAUUGGAUGCAUCAUGGUACAUGCCAGAUGAGCAGAGGAAUCCAAUUCAAGAGUAUCAGCAGGUUGCUCACAUUCCUGGUGCUCUUUUCUUCGAUGUUGAUGGAAUAUCUGAUCGAACUACAAAGUUGCCGCAUAUGCUGCCAUCCGAGGAAGGUUUUGCGGCUGCUGUGUCUGCUCUUGGCAUCCAUAAUAAAGAUGGGCUGGUUGUUUAUGAUGGGAAGGGAAUUUUUAGUGCAGCACGUGUCUGGUGGAUGUUCCGAAUCUUUGGGCAUGACAGAGUGUGGGUGUUAGAUGGAGGCCUCCCAAGGUGGCGUGCUUCAGGUUAUGAUGUUGAAUCUAGUGCUUCUAGUGAUGCUAUUUUGAAAGCCAGUGCUGCUAGUGAGGCAAUAGAGAAAGUCUAUCAGGGACAAACUGCUGGACCACUCACAUUUCAGACAAAAUUUCAGCCGCAUCUUGUCUGGACACUUGAUCAGGUUAGAAGAAACAUUGAGGAAAAGACUCACCAACAUAUAGAUGCCCGAUCCAAGCCCAGAUUUGAUGGUGCUGCACCAGAACCUCGUAAAGGAAUUAGAAGUGGCCAUGUACCUGGCAGCAAGUGUAUUCCUUUUCCACAGAUGUUAGAUGCUUCACAGACUCUUCUACCUGCUGACGAGCUCAAGAAACGAUUUAAUGAAGAGGGCAUCUCAUUGGAACGCCCUGUUUUAACUUCUUGUGGCACUGGUGUAACUGCUUGUAUUCUGGCAUUGGGCCUCCAUCGACUUGGGAAGACUGAUGUUCCGGUAUAUGAUGGAUCUUGGACUGAAUGGGGUGCGGAAUCUGACACACCUGUUGACACUUCAUCUUAAAUCUUAAUGCAAAGCUGUCAAAAAGUUCCGAAGAGUCAAGCUUGCAAUCGACCAGUUUCAGUCCUCAGAUAUGGGGACAUGAAGGGUUUGUAUCUAGAAAAGCCUCAGGUGUCACUCAUCAAUUUUUGCGUUCCAAUAUGGACCUGUAUGUGACGCUACACAUUUUCAGAAACUGUGUUUGACAACAAAACCGUUGAAUUCUGAAGUGUAUUAUGGUGUUUUUGAAACAUGUCUGCUGUUUCACAUGAGAUGGCAACAAGGAUUGUCAUUUGUUUUGCAGCAAAAAAACUGUAGAAAAUGAAGGGUGAUGAUGAUUGAGUCAGUGUCGAAUUGAUUAAAAGUUGGAAUAAAUAAGCAAGUGCACAAAUUUCUUUGCGAUUUCA